AUGGGACGUGGGUACAGUAACAGCCGCAGCAGGAGUGCGCGGCCAACACUCCGCAUGAAGCGCCAGCGCUCCGUCUCUAUGCAUCAACUGCGAGAUUCACUGCAGUCCGCAAAUACAAUAACAGGCGUACGCAAAACAAAAUCCCGAGGCCCUGUUUCCUCUGCUAAUACUAAUGCUACUGCUAUUGUAAAGAAAGGUGUAAAUGAAAAGAAGGUGGAAACGAAACGAACACCUACUACGGAACGGCAAAGCAGCAGUUCAAGAGUUCGCUCGGCUUCUACAAUUCGACAGAAAAUUGCCAUUAUGGAAAGUGAAUUGGAAAACAAUAUGGAGCCAGAAGAAAAUAUCGCCGAAACCAUUGUAAAGCCAGAUGUCAUGACAAAGUAUAAAUCCGCUGGUCGUGCUCUUGAUGAAGUGAUGAAUCUCGUUGCCGCUGCGUGUGUACCUGGUGCCAACACCAAACAAUUGUGUGAUCUCGGUGAUGAGGAGUUGCUGCAGCGUGUGCGUGGAAUGUUCUCCAAGGCAAAGGACGCCGAUGGAAAACGUAUUCUCCGUGGUCUCUCCUAUCCAAUGAACAUUUCAGUUAAUCACACACUCUGCAAUCACGCCCCAGUCUCAGAAGAAGAGGCAGUGAUCCUUCGCGGUGGGGAUGUUGUGAAGAUUCACGUUGGUUGUCAUAUUGAUGGUUAUCCCGUUACCGCCGCCCGCACUAUUGUUGUCCCGCAUGAUACGAAUGUGAAAUCCACUUCUUCUACUUCUUUAAAUAAUACGGAAGCUGAAGCUACUGAUAAUAAUAAUGAUGAGAAGAAUACAAAAAUGCGGGUUCUUUCACAAGGGGCGAGUAAUGCUAUUGAGGCAGCACGAGUGGCCUUACAAGGAAUGAUUCAUUUAAUGCAACCAGGUAUGUUAAACGCUGACAUUACAGAUUUUAUACAUCGUGUGGGAAAUCAUUUUGAGGUUCAAGCCUUAGAGGGAGUUCUUUCCAAUCGUACAAAGCGAUGGGUUCCGGAUGGGAUGGAUUGUAUUAUUACACGCCGGGUAACACUUGAAGAUCCACAUCAAGAUGUGGCUGAGUGUACGGUGGGAUCUAAUCAAGUAUGGACACUGGAUGUGGCCUUUACAGAUCACUCUAUAUAUAAAGUAAUGCCUGUUGAUGGUACCACCACAAUUUUCCGUCGCACAGAAGUGGAUUUUCAAAAUGAUGCCCGUGUACGAUCUGUACAUGCAUCCCUACAAGAGAUUACAGAGAAACAUCAAUGUUUUCCAUUCAGUCUUAACCAUGUAGAUAAUCCACUAAAAACACGUAUGGCUGUAGCAAUGCUGCGAAAGCAAAAUGUAAUUGAUCCCUUACCCGUUAUGCGUAUAAAAGGUGAACAUCACAUUACCGCACGUUUCUCCGCUACUGUUUCUGUUUCUGAUAAACGUGUGACUGUAUUGUGUGGACUUCCACCAGAGACUCCCAUCAUUGUUGAUGAUGAUGUACGUCCACCAGCUGUUUCUGAGGAUAUUGCGGAAGUACUGGCAACACCACUCGUCUUCCCGAAGGAAGGUCAACCAGAGCGAAAGAAGAUGCGCACAGAAGAGCCAAAUAAGACAACAACAACAACUACUACAGCAGUGGCUGAUGUUGCGAAUGAGGAGGAAGAGUAA